AUGGAGGGGGUCCUUACCCUUGCUGGGCCUAGGCUGGAUUGGGGGACUAUGGUGGGAAUGCUCCGGCUGGUUUGGCUGUGUGCGUUCAGUUACGCUUCAGAUGCGGUAGUCGUGCUCCAGCUCAACAUUCUUGGAGUGAAGAUGGUCACACCUCUCGGACAUCUUGACGACACUAGAGCGAAGGAGCUCCACCUCGGCUUGGAGAUUGACCUCCGCUGA